CGUCCAGCGCGGGGCUCAGAGCGGCGGAUCGCGGCCGCCUCGCCCCACGCCCCGCAUUCCUGGGAACGCGAAUAGUAGCCCCCGGGGGGCGGGGAUGCAGGAGGGCAGCAGCGCAAGAAAGGGCGACGGGAAAUCAGUCCCGAGUGCACGAGAAGACGGCUACUGGGGGUGGGGAUGGGGCCCGCGGGCUGGGGCCCAGAGGCCGCGUCGCGUCCAGCGCUCGGCCUCUACCGCCCUGCGCCCCCCACCCGGCCCUCUGCAGGUCUGCGGGUCCCAGCAUCGCAGCAGCGCGCCCUGGGCAAGAGUCUAGAGGAGGAAACAGCAAGGAUAGGCCCAGAAAAACAACCAGGAAAAUAAAGUCUCAUCAUGGCAAAUAUCCACCAGGAAAACGAAGAAAUGGAGCAGCCCCUGCAGAAUGGAGAGGAAGACCGCCCUUUGGGAGGGGGUGAAGGCCACCAGCCUGCAGGAAAUAAUCGGAGGGGACAAGCUCGCCGACUUGCCCCUAAUUUCCGAUGGGCCAUACCCAACAGGCAGGUCAAUGACGGGAUGGGUGGAGAUGGAGAUGAUAUGGAAAUGUUCAUGGAGGAGAUGAGAGAAAUCAGGAGAAAACUUAGGGAGCUGCAGUUAAGGAAUUGCCUGCGUAUCCUUAUGGGGGAGCUCUCGAAUAAUCAUGACCAUCAUGAUGAAUUUUGCCUUAUGCCUUGACUCCUGUCAGUUUCCAUGAAAUUAAUACUGUGAGUGCCACUGCCACUGUUCUUUCCUUUUCCCGUGCGGUUUCCUGAUAAGCCUUUACUGAUCAUUUGCUGUGAACCUCAUGUAAUUUUAAUUUCCAUGUGUCAGGUGGGUCCUGUGUUAGCAGCUUCUAAUUGGAGAUCGCCUUUGCAGCAGUCUUAAGUUUUUCUGUCAAUAAUAGUUAAACCCAUUUGCAUGGAAAAAUGUAAAGUUAAUAAAGCAAUUAAAAAGCAGA